AUGCGAGCGGGCGAAAAAAGAAUGCCUACCAAGUCGCCAAGACCGCGCUCUUCCGUGCCAGGUGUGUCUGUGCGCCGGCCUGUGUGUGUGUGUAUGUGUGUGGUAGUGUGUCUCGCCGUCAGGAAGGGCGGCUACGCGAAAGGUCCGAGGGAAGAUUGCAAUUCGGACGGUACAAUUCACAGGCAGCACUCACUCGUCCGCUUUGCAGUGUCAUGUGUCUCCUCUUUUCUGCUGCCUCGAUUACUCAUUCACUCGCUCCCCUUGCUGCUCUCUCUCUCUCUCUAUCUUUCUCUCUACUUUCUCUUGCCUCGUACUCUUUCUAGCUCUCGCUCUUGUUAUGUCCGUGUGUCUGUUGGUCUGCAUCGCAGGCUCUCACUGCGGUCCAGCAAGGAGGCAGUUUAA